CUUCACGAGCACUGCUGCAGAAUGUAAAGAGGAGCAUCGCGAGCGUGAAUUACGUCGCCGCGUUUAAUUGUAGCAACACGUUUUCAUUUUUCUUUUUUAACAAUGACGAGCAGAAUAAGAUUUGUUCGGUCGAUGGUGAAAGCGGCAGCUGUGGCCAACGUUCCUAAACAUGUGGAUCAUUUCUCCAAAUUUUCGCCAUCUCCGCUUUCCAUGAAGCAAUUCUUGGAUUUUGGUUCAACCAACGCAUGCGAGCGCACAUCAUUCAUCUUUCUGCGCCAAGAGCUUCCUGUGCGUUUAUCGAACAUCAUGAAGGAAAUCGAUCUGCUGCCGGACAAACUGCUGGCGACACCCUCCGUGCAACUGGUCCAGAGCUGGUACAUCCAAAGCCUGAUGGAGAUCUUUGAUUUUCUUGACAAGAGCGCAGAUGAUCAGAGAACUCUCCAGACGUUUGUAGAAGUAUUGGAGGCAAUCAGAAACAGGCACAAUGAGGUCGUCCCUACCAUGGCCCAAGGAGUUAUUGAGUACAAGGAGGCUUACGGUCAGCAGGAUCCUGUGACUGACCACAACAUGCAAUACUUCCUGGAUCGCUUUUACACCAGUCGAAUUUCUAUCCGCAUGCUCAUCAACCAACACACACUUGUUUUCAGUGGAAACACAAACCCGACUCACCCUGGUACCAUUGGUUGCAUUGACUCUCUGUGUGACGUAUCUGAGGUUGUACGAGAUGCUUAUGAGAGCGCAAAAUUAAUGUGUGAACAAUAUUACUUGGGAGCACCUGAGCUGGAGUUGAGACAAAUGAACGCAAACAGUAUCAGACAGCCCAUCCAGAUCUCUUACGUCCCAUCGCACUUGUACCACAUGCUCUUUGAGCUCUUUAAGAACGCCAUGAGGGCAACUAUUGAAAAUCACGAGGCCAGCAGAAUCCUCCCGCCCAUCAAAGUUCUGGUUUCAGUUGGUGGAGAGGACUUGUCAAUCAAGAUGAGUGAUAGAGGGGGUGGAGUUCCUUUUCGGAAAACCGAACGACUAUUCAGCUACAUGUACUCCACGGCUCCCAGACCACAAAUAGGGGAGAAACAUAGAGCCCCUCUGGCUGGAUUUGGCUACGGUCUGCCCAUUUCUCGUCUCUAUGCUCGCUACUUUCAAGGAGACUUACAGCUUUAUUCCAUGGAGGGUCAUGGCACUGAUGCAGUUAUACACCUAAAGGCCUUGUCGACAGACUCGGUGGAGAGACUGCCAGUUUUUAACAAAACUGCCCUGCGGCACUACAAGCUGAGUUUGGAAGCAGAUGAUUGGUGUAUUCCAUCUAAGGCGCCUCUGGAUCUGACACUUUUUCGAACGGCCAAGUGAUUCAACCACAAAAAAAAGACAAAGAUACUGUUAUGCUUGACCAUAAAGUGUCCUUGAAAGGAAAGGACAGAACAUGACAUCGAUGGACCAGGAGCUGAGGGAAUCAAAAACAAAAAAAAAGAUGGUCAUGUUUUUUUCAUUCAUUCUGGCCCUUUGAUCAAGUUUUUUAUGCAGUGGUAAAUUGCUGGAAGAACAAAACAUUGAAUUAGAUCUUGAAUGUAAGCAUGGAAAUAUUAGUUUGAACUCACUGAACAGCUGAGCUGGACAUUGAGCUUUUAUUUGCUGGUAUUGUUACAGCGGUGUGAAUAGUUGAAAAUCCUCAUGUUCUGUUAUACAGUAUAUUAGGAUUUUAAUCACUGUGAGUAGUCACUGGUUAUAUAAAUGAAGUUUUGUGCUUGGUUUCAUUCCUUCAUUUAAAUUAGAAGUGCUUUUGUAUUAUUGAAAUUUUUAAGGAAAUGUCAAAUGACUUGUUUUUAAAAAAAAAAAAAUACAGUGUGCAUAUGAAAAUUUGUCUUUAUUCAUAUAGUUUGUGCUGAUUUAUGUUCUUCUUUGAUGUAAUGGCUGCUAGUCCAUGUGAUGUGUACGUGUUUGGCCAGUGAACUACGUAAGGGGAAGCAAUAAACCUUGAUCGCAAACAAACUUAUCACAAAGUUGUAUAACAAAAAGUAGAGCACAUUACUUGUUAUACAGUAAUGACCUCAAGUCGACUUUGAACUGCUGGCUGUCUACCACGAUGCAAUAAAUAAAUUAUUUUUGAAAAA